AGUUUGAUACUAGAUUGAGCUCAACGCCUUUAGCGAGGAAGACGAUGUCUAAGAAGAUCCCGCAGUGCGCUGUGGAGGAUCAGUCUGAGCAUGAACAGCCCCCCAGCCAUUGUCAGGUGGAUCGGUCCACGAAAGCAGCAGCAGGUUGUAGGAACAAGGCAGAACCAGGCCAGAGGAAUGGAGAGACUGCAUCGUCAUCCCCAGAGAGUGGCAGUUUGAAUGGAGAUGGAAAGCGCAGUGGGAAAAGCCGUCGUCGCAAGAAACGCUCAUCUAAUCCCGAGAACCUCCCAGAAGAGAAAGUAGACAAGGUCAAGAAUGAAGUGAAACCAGACAAACGAACCAGUCAGCCACCUGACCGCCGUGCUGGGUUGAUUGGUCUGCAGUCUGAGUGCGCUAAUGUGUGGUUUGAACGCAGUAUCUAUGAGCGAGCCGAGAGCCUCUACCAGUGCUGGUUGGCGAGCUCCUCUAAUGGGACCACCCAAUCGAAACGGUUCCCUCCAUCCUCAGGGAAACACUCAAACUCUGUGUCUACUGUGGCUUCAUCUUCUGCAGGACCGUCCUGCCACCAUGGUGAUCAGGUGGCCUGUCACCAUGUCGUACAAGCAGUGUGGGUAAACAAGACGACCUUUGACCAAGCAGAACGCCGCUUUGUUGAAGAAUCCAUGCAGCCAUCAAUUCCAAACUCUCUGAAUCUCCCAACUCCACCUAACCGCUCCAUUGCACCUAGAACACCAGAUGAAGGAUAUCAGUCUCUAGCUCCAACUCCGGCGACCCCAGUCAUCCAACAAGCAGCUGUCACACCAACCACUCGCCAGUCGAUUAAUGGACUGCCCCGCAUCCCAGUCGAGCUGCUCAGAGAUGUGUGGCUAGACAAGCCGCUGUAUGACCGUGCUGAAGCAGCCUUCUACCAAAACCUGUACGGUAACAAUUCCUCCAAACGGUCUAGCUGCACCUCCACCUCCAGAAGCAGUGACCACCCUCAAAGCCUUGUCGAGGAAGAAGAAGAGGAAGAAGACGAGGAAGUGGUGGUGGAGGAAAAGCGGGUGGUCCCGCAGGGUAAAGCGGAAAUCUUUCAUGCUCUGCACCCUAUCCAGGAGGAGGAGGAACCAGCUGAGGUCCCAGAGAAGGAAGAAGCGUCAGCCGCAGGAAUCUGCUAUUUUCUUCACCCGGGAAGUGAGCGGGUGUGGCUGGACAAGUGGCGGUAUGAUGCUGCAGAGAGUCGCUUCCAUGGCUGCAGAGCAGAUAAAACCAUGAAAGUGAAGAAGGAUCGCAGGCCAGAAGCAGGAGCCUCAUCCGUUGCCUUCAUCGCCCCACUGAGGGACAAUAUUUGCAUAGUUUUAUGA